AUGAAAUCUAAGUGUAAUCCUCAAGAUAAAAAACUGACGGUAAUAAUCAAUGACAAUAAUUAGAAUAUUUCUUUUGAUUUGAAUUCAAAUAACAAACCAAAAUAUUAUAUAUCGAACACAACAUGUCACAAAGAUAAUUAAAAGUUUUUUAAUUGCAGCAAUAUGUCACCUAUGGUUGUUGAAACAUCUACUCCGAGAAAAAGACUUGUCUCUGGCAAAAGAGUUAGUAUUCUUAAUUCUAAUUUAGACUCAGCAAAAGGCAAACUGUUCUCAUAAUAACUCAAACAAUAAAAUUUAAAAUAGAUAGAAAAAAUCAUCAUCCAAUUAGAGAACUAAUUUAACUGUUAAGACUGGAUCAUCAAUUGAAGCACUGAAAGAAUUAAUGGGAAAAAGUAAAUGUUUAAAAUAAGUAGGUUACUUCAAAUAACUAUUACAAAUAAAUACAGAUAAAUUUAAGAAUGCAAAAGAAAUAUAAUUCAUAGAAACAAAAAAGAGUAACUCAAGUGAAUUUGGAUUUGACAAUAGAUUCAAUAAGCAUCUCUAGUAAUUAAAUCAAUAGGGUGUUAAAACAACUACUAAUAAAUCAGUAUCCAAAGACAGAACCUCAUUAUAAGUAACAACAAAUCAUUGAUCAAUAGAAAGUGUUCUCAAAGAUAAUGGAUUAAGAAAAAUCUACGUCACCUAUCAAAAAGGUUGAUUGGUCCAAAAUCAAAUUGCCCUUAACUCCUAAAGACUGCAUAUAACAAUUUGGAUAAUACUUGAGUGAAUUUGAGAAACAAGAGAUUCAUGGAUUUAGUAGAGUAUGUAUAUAUUUAUGAAUUUUAGAUUUAUUGUAUAGGAUUGAAGGCUAAAAAAAUAGAUUAGAAAUAAUCAAACUACAACGAUGGUUUUGAUGAUUCAAAAGGUGAGUAUUUGUAUUCUCUUAAUGAUCAUAUUGGAUACAGAUAUGAGAUAUUGGAAAUAGUUGGAAAAGGUAGUUUUGGAUAGGCAUUCAAAGUUUUUGAUCAUAAAAGAUAAUAAGUGCAAUGCUUAAAAAUUAUAAGAAAUAAGAAGAAAUUCACAAACUAAGCUUUAGUAGAAUUAAAUAUAUUAACCUAUGUAAAAGAGAAAGAUGAAGAGAACGUAACAAAUAUUGUAAAAAUAAAAGAUUUUGUAAUUUUUAGAAAUCACGUGGUAUGUAUAUUCACAAUUAUGUUUAGUGCAUUUCUUUUGAAUUCUUAUCUAUAAAUUUGUAUCAAUUGAUAAAGAACAAUAACUUUUAGAGUUUAUCUUUAGAACUCAUAAGAAGAUUUGCAAUUUAAAUUCUGAAUGCAUUGAACUUCUUAAGCAAGCAUAAAAUCAUCCAUUGUGACUUAAAGCCUGAGAACAUUUUAUUAAAGCAAUCAAACAAAAGUGGGAUUAAAAUCAUAGACUUUGGAAGUAGUUGCUUCGAAAACUAAAAGAUUUACUCCUAUAUUUAGUCCAGGUAUUAUAGAGCACCUGAAGUAAUGUUUGGUAUCCCCUAUGAUACAAGCAUAGAUAUGUGGAGUUUUGGAUGCAUAAUGGCAGAACUAUAUUUGGGAUUCCCAAUAUUUCCAGGAGAUGAUGAAUAAGAAUAAAUUGCAUACAUACUAGAAAUCCUGGGUAUGCCAGAUAUUGAAUUGCUAUAAGUAAAUAGAUUUGAAUAUUUGAGAUUGCGUAAAGAAGAAAAGUUUUCUUUGCUGACUCUCCGCCUUUUUAGCCUUUGAGUAUGUAAAAUAAAAGUGGGAAAUUGAAGAUACCUGGGAGUAAGACAUUGUAAGAGGUGUUAAAAUGCAACGACCAUAAUUUUAUUGAUUUCUUAAAAUAAUGUCUAGUGUGGAAUCCCAAAAACAGAAUCAGUCCUAUUGAUGCCCUUAUGCAUGUGUGGAUCCUUGAAGGACUACCUAGUCAAAUAAGAGCGUAGCAUGUGUAAUAUUUAGAAAGUUAAUAACAAUAUCUUGAGUUUAAUGAUGGAAAAUAGGAAACCAAUUUAAAAUAGGGUCAAUAGGGACAAUAAAAAUUACAGAACCAUCACAUUUCAGAACCAGAAAUGAAUUAAGAGAAUAAAGUAGUAAAAACUUAUAAUACAUUCUUUAGAAACCCAAUCAGAUUAGAUCAUUUUCAAGGGAGAAAGAACUAUUGAUCAAUGUUUCAUAGAAUCCUACUCCGAAUAAUAAGAAAAUCUCUUAAUCUUUUCAUUCUAGUAAAAACAGCAAUAAACAGCAAAUGAAUUUCAUUUAGCAAUUACCAGGAACUACAAAAUAUGCUAACAAGAAAACUCAUUAUUUUUAUUGA